UCUCCGAAUAACAUUUUCUUUCAGCCUUGUCAAGAUUCCAAGUCCAAUCUCUUCCUUACCUUUGAAACUUGUUGGCGCAACAACUUGUGUUGCCUUCAUUCUCUCUUUUGGUAUUUUCUUUUCGCACUGAUUUCAUCACCGUCCUCAUGAUAACUCAGUCAUGAUUCCUUUACCCCCUUCUUCCAUUCCGAGUAAUCUCAUUCGCCACAUCCAUCUCAGAGGCGUGACACCCUUUCAUAUUGCCCAAACCAUUCAAUCUACACUCGUAUCCAAACUACUUGACCAUAAAAGAAGUAUGCGUCCUAUCAUAUUCCCUUCCUAAUAUCACUUCCCCCCGUCACCAAAAAACUAACCUAUCGAACAGAGGCAUCGAGUCCUGAACAUGCCCACCUGACACCUCCCUCACCUACUCCUACAGUCCUUACCUUCCAAUCAACUCCAGUCUACACCACCGGCCGACGAGAGCUCCAAACCCCACUCUCUGAAUCCCUCCUCAAAACCCUUCAAGAGCCUCUAAUCCCCAUUUCAACCACCCAUCUCCCAACCAUUCGCGAACCAUUCACCACCUCCAACAGCAAGGAACAAACAGCCGAGGUUGUCCAAACUCCUCGAGGCGGCCUAAUAACCUUUCACGGCCCAGGCCAACUCGUCAUUUAUCCCAUCAUUGAUUUAUUAACUUUUCCUAAUUUGGGCGCAAGAUGUUAUGUAAAUCUCUUGGAAGAAGCUACCAUCAAAUUAUUGCGCGUCAUGUGUUUGGAUAUUCUAGGCCGGACGGAAAAUCCAGGGGUCUGGCUGAAUGAGAAUGAGAAGAUAGCAAGUUUAGGUGUUCAGUUAAGAAGAAAUGUCAGUAGCUACGGGGUUGGACUGAAUAUGAUCAUGGAGAGAGGAUGGUGGGAUAGGAUAAAAGCGUGUGGGUUGGACGGGAAGCGAACCAUAGGGCUCGAUGAAGUUUUCAUCCAGACACCCGGAAAAUAUGAAGAAUUGAAAGAAAAAUUGGGCAUUGAUAUAAAGAUGCAAUUAAUGGAUGGUAGUUAUAUAGCACAUUGGUGGAUAAAAGAAUUUGUAGCUGGACUAGGACGCCUCGAACGACGGGAAAAAUGCGACGGAAGUGAAAGCCCAGUCGAAAACGAAACCAAAAAAGUCGAAAAUGAAGAGGAAAACAUCAGAAAACGAAGAGAAUGGACCACCUGGGGAGAUGUCCCAGAAGAAGUAAAACAAUUAAUACCACUCGACAUACGAGGAGGAAAAGAAUUAAAUAUAAGUACCGGUGGUGGAUUCAUUCAAUAUCACCAUUGGAGAUAAAAUAUACACACAUACAUAAAAAUAAAAUAAAAAUUAAAACAAAAAUUAAAAUAAAAAGAAUCUUUUUACAAAUCAUUAUAUACAUACAUACAUACAUACAUACAAGUAAAAACACCAACAAAAUAUAAUAACCAAAUAACCACCUUAUUCGAUAAAUAAUAAAAGAACUUGUUGAUAAUCACAUACAGCACAGAGUACAGCAUUAUAAUUGAAAUCAGAAAUAGAAUAG